AUGAGCGAUUCCGUGCCUUUGCCUCCUUUGGUCAAGUUUUUCAACGGUGGACUAUCCGCGACCGUGGCCACCGUCAUAGUGCAUCCGUUGGACGUGCUGAAGAACCGCAUGCAGAUGGCCGGACGCGACGUCACCGCCACUGAAGCCCAAAAGUCCAUGGGCGGUAUCGUUCGUUCCAUGAUCAAAGAGAAGGGCGUUACAGCCUUUUAUCCUGGUUUGUCCGCCGGCAUCCUCAGACAAGCCACGUAUUCGACCACACGGUUGGGCAUGUACAACUCGUUGUUCACAAUUAUGACCGGGGAAGACAACAAACCGCCCAACUUGUUGGUGAAACUGGGCUUGGCCCUAGUAUCUGGAGUGACUGGCGCUGCUGUCGGUACCCCGGCUGAAGUAGCGCUCAUACGAAUGACGUCAGACGGACAGUUACCAUUGUCUGAAAGACGUGGUUAUACUAGUGUGUUCAACGCAUUAGCCAGGAUCGCGAGAGAAGAAGGUAUUGCUACAUGGUGGAGAGGAUGUAUCGCCACAAUGGGAAGGGCAGCUGUUGUCAAUAUGGCUCAACUUGCAUCAUAUUCUCAGUCUAAAGAAAUUUACCUUAAUAGCGGUUAUUUCAAAGAUAACAUUGUAUUGCAUUUUGCAUCAUCAAUGACCUCCGGUGCCAUUACAACUGUAGCCUCACUCCCAGUGGAUAUUGCCAAAACUAGAAUCCAAAGCAUGAAAAUUAUUGAUGGAGUACCAGAAUAUACUGGCACAAUAAAUGCGAUGGUGAAAGUAGUGAAGAAUGAAGGUUUCUUCAAUUUGUGGAAGGGCAUUGUGCCAUAUUUUGCUAGAAUUGGACCUCAUACUGUAUUAACAUUUAUAGCUUUAGAAAAGUUCAAUGAGGCAUAUAAAGUUGCCGUGUACGACCGUCAGUCAAAAAAAUAA